CUGCUUCACUUCAAUCUGUAGGAACAAGAUCUCUCCACAACCACUUUGCAAAUCAUCAAACACAACUGAAACAAAUACAUUACAAACAUAUCAACAACUUAGUGGACUCAAAUUUUCAUAGAAAAAUAAAAUUAUACACCUUGAAAAAGUGUUGAUUAAUUAAUUACAAUGGCCUUAAUCUCAUCUUCUUCUCUCACUACUAACCUUUUUGAUUGCAAAGCUCCUUUUCAAUCAUCACCUUCUUCUCCACAAUGUAUGAGACUAACCUCUCUUCCAUCACUCCCUUUGUUGUCUCAGAAUCAUGCAGUGAAGACAAAUUCUCAUUAUAGAAAGAUUGGUCGUGAUGUUAUGGUAAUGGCCACUGGUGAUGCACCAGCAGAUGUUGACUCAACUGAGCUACCUGAGUUUGUUAAGUCUCUUCAACAAACCUGGGACAAAGUUGAUGAUAAAUAUGCUGUGAGUACAUUGAUUGUAGCUGGUGUGAUUGCACUAUGGAGUUCAACUGGUUUGAUUUCAGCAAUUGAUAGGCUUCCCUUGAUUCCUGGAGUUCUUGAAUUAGUAGGCAUUGGCUACUCCGGGUGGUUUGCAUACAAGAACUUAGUUUUCAAACCAGAAAGGGAAGAGCUUGUACAGAAAGUAAAGGAAACGGUUAAUGAAAUAAUUGGGAGCAAAUAAAAAGAGUUGGGAAAUAUGCUAAAUUGCUGUUGACAUGAUAGAGUUCUAUCUUGCAGAAUUUCUGUUGAAGAUUUCAUCAUGAUAUUCAUUUUGUAGUCAUAUGCUUUUAGGCCAAAGCUUAUCCCAUGUAAUUUAAUAUUUUCUGGAAAAGAUAUUGUAUUUUAUAUAUAUGAAUCUACUUUCCAAUUUAAGACUAUCUUAUUUUCUUAA